CCCUUCUCUUCAUUUAUUUAUUUGUGUGCUUUGACUCGGUGAACAUAAAUAAAAUGUCAGACACUGAUAGCAGCAAGGACAAUGGGGAAGUGGACGCAGUAAAACUGAAAAUGUUAGUUCGCAAACGCGGCACUAUUAAAUCGCGGAUUACUAAAUUUAAGGAGUUUCUUACCCCGUAUGAGCAAAUUAAUAAGGAAGAGUUGACCACUAAAAAUAUAAGCGAUAUUAAUUUGAGACUAACAAAGGUCAACGAACUCUUUCAAGAAUUUGAAUCUGUUCAGACGCGGAUAGAAUCUAAUGACAGUGAAAGUAAUUUAGAUAAACGUUUGAAAGAAAGAUUCGAAAUAGAAAAUCAGUUUUACUCUGUCAUUUCCAGCGCUGAGGAAAUAGUCUCCAGUCGUGAGAAGCGAGUCGAAAGCCCCCGGAGGCUUUCAAUUGGAAGUAGCUCCAAUCAUCAUUGCGCUGGUCACUCUGGCCAGCUACGUCUCCCGACAAUAAAAUUGCCCACUUUCGAUGGGAACUAUACAAAAUGGCUCGAAUUUCGGGACACGUUUGACUCGCUGAUCAAUGGAAAUGAGACUAUUCCCGAUAUUAGUAAAUUUCAUUAUCUCAGAUCCUCCCUAGAGGGCGGUGCUGCAGUCACAAUAAAAUCAAUUGAUUUUACGGCCGAUAAUUAUCAAGUAGCGUGGGACCUACUUUGUAAUAGAUACAAUAAUAAGAACGUGCUGAUAAAUAAUCAUCUCAAAUCAUUUUUUACACUUGACUCUCUUAACAAAGAAUCUCAUAAGUCACUAAGAUUCAUUGUAGACCACGUUUCAAAAAAUUUGAGAGCCUUGAAUACGCUUGGGGAGCGCACAGACAUGUGGGACACUCUUAUAAUAUACAUAGUUGUUCAAAAAUUAGAUAAUGUGACUAGCAUUAAGUGGGAAGAGUACAAAGCCACUCUUGCGGAGUCUCCAAGUCUUGAAGACUUUUAUCAGUUUCUAAGAAAUCGUGCUGACGUGUUGGAGACUGUGCAAGGAGGCAGCGCCAAGAGCGCUCAGCCAAAUAAUAAUCAUAUUAAAAAUGAUAAGUUUAAUCAUACAAAAUAUGGCAAGUUUAAUUACAACAAAGAACAUAGUCAGGGUGUAGGGGGGAGUAGUCACGCGGGUUCAGGUGUGCGGCGCUGA